CGCGCUAUCUCGCUCAAGCCCGUCGCGCUAGGCGCCCGCCUUAGUCUCUACACUAUGGACGCAAACGGCGGUUUCGUAUGUUAGAUAAUUCGCGCCCGUCAUCGCAACCGCGUUAUGCGGGUUGCAGACCGAAAACUAAGCUAUUCCAAAGCUAAGCUAGGGAAGCUAGGCUAAGCCAAACUAAGCUAAGAUAGAAAUAAAUGGCGUGCACACAAAGAGCUAAGCCAAAGCUCAGUUAGUGUUGCGGAGUUCAAUUAGACGGACGUCAGGCGCUUGCUAUGAAUAUAAUCGAUGAAGAAAGUUCCGAUGAUGAAUACGUUACACAUAGAAAAAGAAGAUUAAUACUGACUUAUUAUUAUUAUAUAAGAAAACGACAUUCUAGACCUUGGAUAUGUCAACACAUUGAAUCUCGGCACGCAAGUGGAGAGUUUAGAACUUUAUUUUACGAAUUAGAUGAUGAACAUUUUCAGUUAUAUUAUCGUGUUACAAGAGUUCAGUUUUAUGAUUUGUUAUCAUUGAUUAUCGGAGAUAUUACUAAACAAGAUACUAACUAUCGGAAGGCUAUAACCCCAGAAGAAAGAUUAGCUAUUUGUUUAAGGUUUUUAGCUACUGGCGACUCCUUUAGAACAAUUGGAUACAAUUACAGAGUGGGUAAUAAUACAGUUUCUUUGAUUGUUAAAGAUGUGUGCAAUGCACUUUGGAUUCAUUUGCAACCAAUAUAUAUGAAGUUACCGACAGAAAGUGAAUGGGAAGUAAUUGCAGAAGACUUUAAUGAUAAAUGGCAAUUCCCUAACUGCCUUGGUGCCGUGGAUGGGAAGCAUAUCUCAAUAAAAUGCCCUCCUCAGUCGGGUUCUAAUUAUUUUAAUUAUAAAAAAUUUUAUUCUGUCGUCCUUCUCGCAGUCGUUGAUGCACACAAAAGAUUUAUUAUAAUAGACGUUGGUUCAAUGGGCCGAUUUAGCGACGGAGGUAUUUUUGCAGAUAGUGCAUUUGGCCACAAAUUACAAAACGGGCAAUUAAACUUGCCCAAUCAUAAACCUUUAACGCCUGAUGGCGAUCCAACACCUUUUGUGUUUAUAGGUGAUCAAGCAUUCCCAUUACAAAAACACUUUAUGAGGCCGUACCCACGGAGUACAUGUUUAGAUAACAGAGCAAAAAACACCUUUAACUAUCGUCUCAGUAGAGCACGAAAUGUAGUAGAAAAUGCGUUCGGCAUAUUAACAGCGCGAUUUCGUGUGUUUCGUCGACCAUUUGAAUGUCAAUUGGAACUAGUGGACGUCAUUACAAAGACUACCUGUGUCUUGCACAAUUAUUGAAUGUCUUCAAGAACGACAACUAGUAACGCCAAUACCGUCAAUAUUGAAGAACAGCAAACUUUAAGAUCAGUACAAUACGACAACUUACGAGCAACUAGAGAAGCAUUUCGUGUCAGAGAGUUAUUUUGUAAUUAUUUUAAUAAUGUAAAUUAGAUUAAACUUGAAAUAAAAAAUAAUUAAACUCACCGU